UCGUGCAUUGCCCAUGUGGUAUAUGUGUUUCUACGCUCUAGGAGGAAGCUUCAUUUUUUACCCAGCUGGACCCCUAAUAUCUGCUUGAACAUGGAGUCUUCAUCAUCAUUGUCAUCAUCGCCAUCAUUAUGCAACACAAAGAAAAGAAAGAACACAGCCGUGGGAGCACAUGAGAAGGCCAAGACAUUAAAAACUGAGCAGGAGGGCGAUGAAGCGCUGCAGAGUGGACGUCUCUCUCGCUCACCGAGGGUCUCAGUGCCGCUCGACUGCCUUCAACAACCAAUUACACUGAAUAAGCUGACUGAGCUGCUGCAUUACGCUGCUCUGGGGAGAACAGGUGGCAUCAAACAACCCAGUUGGUGCCGCCUCCGCCAUCAGAAAAAAGUUGAAGGUUUAAAUGUUGUGAUCGUGGAGGGCCUGACGCAGAGUCACUUUUACAAACACUACCUCAGCCUGCGACAACUCAGGACCAAAUACACCACUAGGGUCACCUUCACACCAUCAUGUAACAACGUAGCAUCUGGAAUCUUCAGCAGUGAACUUCCCAAAAUGGACUGUGUUUAUUUUUCCAAACCAGACAAUGAUCUGCAUAGUGCAUUGAAAGGUCACCCAGUUAUCUCCAAGUUUGGGACCCAGAGGAGAGGACUGACAGCUUACGUUCUCACCCAGGAGGAGAUGAUCAAGAAGCACUACCCUGUCAAGGGAAUGCCAGGCUUCGAGGAAUUUGUGAGCACAGACAGUGUUGACUGUGUGACUGACAGCAGCCCUCUGUAUGGACUUGACUGUGAAAUGUGCCUAACAGAGAAGGGGCAUGAGUUGACUCGUGUUUCUGUGGUGGACAGUGAUGGGAACUGUGUUCUGGACAAUCUGGUGAAGCCCAAGAACCGCAUCCUCAACUACCUCACCAAGUUCUCUGGUAUCACUGCAGCCAUGUUGCAACCAAUUACCACCACCCUGCGGGAUGUGCAGGAAAAACUCAGGAUGCUGUUGCCAGGCGACGCGGUCCUGGUGGGCCACUCUAUCAACAAUGACCUCAUUGCUCUAAAGCUCAUCCACCAGCAUGUAAUUGACACCUCACUGCUGUACAGAAGAGAGUUCGGUCAGAGGUUUAAGCUCAAGGUUCUGGCCGAGACAGUGCUGAAGAGGCAAAUACAAACCGAAGAGAAGAAGGGUCAUAAUCCCAGUGAGGAUGCUGCAGCAGCCUUGGAGCUGGCCCAGUACUUCAUCAAAACAGGACCUCGUCAGGUUGUAGAACGUCAUCUGGAGGAGUUGUGGGGAUACACAAUAGAGGAGGAGGAGUCCUCUGACUGCAAAUCUGCACCCACACCAAGUCUCAGGUUUGCUGACAUACUGCAGCUACUCGGCCGGUCAGUAGCCUUUUUAGGAAAGCGUUCUGAUGUCGCCUUGAAUCUGUCCAAUCAGCAGUGGUACAGCUCUGACAAAGAGGUGCUGGAAUCCUUUAAGAGACAGACAAAGCAUCCUUUCCUCUCUGUCGUCCAGUUUUCUUCCUUCUCAAACCAUUUGAAGAGGCGCUUCCUUCAUCAGGAGCAGCUGCACCGGAGUCUGUGUGCAUAUCUUCGGGAUAUGUGUGUGGUGUUUGCUGGACCGUUCCCUGCAGGUUUCUCUGAGAGACAAGUGAGGCGGCUGUUCCAUUGCUGUGGACCGGUUGGAAGAAUCAAAAUGUUGCACACAAGCGUCAGAGUCCAUGCAGAGGUCGAGUUUGAGCUGCUAGAGGGAGCAACGCUAGCUUUAAAAACUCUGAAUGGACUUAAUGUGCAGGGACAGCCCAUGAAGGUGCAGAGGCCCAUGAAUGAGUCAAUGCUGGACCUGGAUCUGACUCUUGAUGCCUUAACCGGUGACACUCUCAACACCAGUCACCUCUACGCCGUUAAGCUGAACCCCAGUGUGGCUGAAUGCAUAAAGAGUUCUGCAAAGGUUAACGGACACACAUUAGACAGUAAAUGUUCAGGUGUUUCUCCUGUAAACGGUUUGCCAGCAGCUAAAACAAACCUGUUACAGCUCACUGAUACCAGAUCUACACUGUCUGAGGAGACAGUCACUGAGACAUUUGGUCACUUUGGUACAGUGGAGAGAGUCAUCCUGCCUGCCAAACCUGGAAAACAUACAAGACAUGCAUGCAUAAAGUUCGAGAGUUCAGAGGGCAAACAUGCAGCUCUCAGCUCCUCUAAAUAUCUGCGACAGGAGAACUACCUCAUCUGUCAAUCUCUGACUCCACCCCAUUUGCCUUCAUGGGUUGCCAUGGCAACGCCAGUGACCACAAUCAGAGGUGACGGGGAAACGGCAGAGGACGAGAACACAGCCAACAUGUACCACAGUUCUCAGGAUCUGGAAAUGGAUCACAUGAUGAAGAAGCUGGACAGCCGGUUGGGAAAACUCUUCAGAUCCCUCCCAGACAGCACCUUGUCUGUGGUUGUGCUGCUCGGACACACCAGUGUGAAUGGUCACUUUCCUGGGCUGUGUCUAAUGGAGGUCAAGCAAGGGUCUUGAGGAAACUGAGCAUAAAUCUGCACCAGCAAAAACAUGGGCAGGUUCUAGGAUUCCUCAGCCCAACUGUACUGGAUUGAAUGUAAUCGGUUAAAUAAAAAGGAAAGAGGCUUUGUGUUUUAUUGAGACUUCCUUUAUCUCAGACAUGUUCUCACUGAGAGCUAAAAGCAGUAUUUUGCACAUUAAGAUAAGGCAAAUACAUAGUUUGUGGCCUGGAAAUAAUCAAAGUUACAAACUAACAUUUGCCUUUUGUGUAUGUCCUGUGUAUAACUGUUGGAAACAUGAUGAUGAAUUGACAAUACUUUACAAAAUCAACUUGUACAGGAAGCUGAAGAAAGCACAAAACUCAGUGCAGUAGAUCAGCAAGUCUAGCACCCUUUGUCACAUAGGAGUCGGUGCAUAAUGAAUACUAUUACUGUAAUGCAAUGAACUGUCACUUUAAUACAAGAGAUUGCUAUAUUUUUAAGUAUGAAUUGUAUUUAAGAUUUGGAUACUGUGUGAUUAAAUUGUUCAAAUUUCCA